AUGGACCCCACCGCCAACUUGCACGGUUGGCAUGACGCCUUCGAGGUCUUCGAGGGCACCAGAACCGUCCUCGCAAGAGGCUUCCGUUCCCCUUCCCCUCCCCCCGCCCCUACUGGCAAUGAAGCCGUGGUCGCUCACGACCUCGAUAUCGCUAGCUUCCUUGACAGUUUGGAGGCCCCCUGUUCUGUCGUUCAGCCAUCAACCUGGUACGAGGAUGGCUUCCACCCACGCUCUCACAGGUUGGGCUGGUGGUCUCCCGUAUCAGUAACGCGAGAGUUGGUGGGCUUGAAUGACCAGCCCGAAGCCAGAGAGUCGGAGGAGGAGGUCUCGGAGGAGGAGACCGAAUCUGAAGACGAACUUCGUCCCAGUCAGAUGGCGAUGAAGAAGCCUGUGGGUGCCUGGGGCUCCGCAGCUACUGGUCAAGGUGAAGGAGAGCGGGCCCCUUCGGAGGGUAUCCCCAUCGCGGAUGCCCCUGAAGAGCAGGAGGAGGAUGAAGAGGAUGCCGAGGACGACGACGAGUACGCUCCUGCAGCCGCUCCUGCUCGCCCCGUUCGCGGCGUGGCAGGAGGCCAGCAACCAGCCAGGAACUUGGUCGCUCCCGCUCCCGUCAUCGCCAACCGCAAGUCAACCGCCUGGUCCGCCGAAGAGGACGCUGCCUGCAUCAGGCUCAUGAAGGAAGUGUGCACCCUGGCUCAGUAUGCUGCCAUCGCCAGCACAGAGAAGCGCUUCGAGGUCGUCGCCACCCGCAUGAAGCGUGAAGCUGGCUUCGAACGCACCGCUUCUGGUGUGAAGCUUCAGUGGAACCGCAGACUGCGGGAGGCCUCAAAGUUUGAGGAUCGCGGUGAGAAGAAGCGGGCUUCUGGGCUCACCACCUCUGCUCUCGGUCAGGGCACCAAAAGUGGUACCCGCGCUGCCACCUCUUUGGGCGCCACUCCAUCAUCAGGCACCAAGCCUUCGUCAAGCCCUGCUCAGUCCACUGAGACGAGCAGCCUUUCAUCAGUCCGCAAGGGCAAACGCAAGGCCAUCACCAUCGACGACGACGACCACGACGACGACUACGACAACGACUUUCUCUCUGUACCUCGCCUUUCGAAGCCAUCCAAACGUGUUCGUAGCACCUCGGUUGCGUCUUCGUCGGCAGUGCCUUCGACUCAGGAUGUUUCAUACUACGCUCUCUCGACAGAAAACAUCAUCUCUGGAACCAGAUCAUCUCGUCACAAAUCUGCUUCGUCCACCAUCACGCCAGCCAGACCACUCCAGAAGAAGAGAGCUCGCACCAUCGAAGACGAUGAAGAAGACGAAGCACCACCCACAGCAGCACCUCAGCCCAAGCGUGCAAAAGUCAACUCACCUGAGCCUGCACCCAACAGCAAGGCAUAUUGGGAGAAGGCUCUCCGCGAUCGUCAAGCAAAACUCGCCAGACAACGCGAAGAAGUCGAACGCCAGCGUCAAGCUCAACAAGAUGAAGAAGAGGAGGACGAAGAUCCAAUCAUCAGUACUGGCGACAGAGCCAAGAAGGGUCGCGAACGCCGCAAACACUUUCCUGGUGGCAUGAACAGCUUUUUCAGAUCUCCUUCGCCUGCCAAUUCUCCUCCACCUGCCGGACCACCUUCGCCGCCCAACUCAUCUCAACCUGCCGGACCACCUUCGCCGCCCAAGCCCGCAUCCACUACCAAGGCAUCUUCAGCGGCCACAAAGUCUUCACCUGCCAACAGCUUUUUCUCGAUCACCAAUCCUUUUGGAGCCCGCAUGCCCGCAGGAAUGGCCAGACCUCGUAUAUACACCACAACUGCUCCACUCACCAGACCUUCUCUGAGUGGCAGAACCUCUUCGACUACCGGGCCUAUUCCAAACAACAGACCUUCUCUUUCAGGCAGACUUUUUGGAAGCGGCAUUCAUCGUUCAAGACCUUCGUCGACCACCACGUCCUCUUCAACCGUCAACCACAACACCAGCGCCACACAGCCUGAGCAUCACAACUCACAACCUUCUUCCGGCGAAUACAGAAGACUUGGUGAACCUCGUCGCCACAACUUCAACAGACGCUCCGCUCUAUCUCCCAUCGCCGAACAGUCCGAACGUCGCAUCAACCCAUACGAAGACGAAGAUGAGGGUAGACCCGCUGCUACCACUGCCAAUGCUAUCCAAAUUCUUACCGAUGAGGAGAUGGCUAGACAGCUGCAUGAAGAGAUCAAUGGUCCACCUUCUCGUUCUCGUUGUGGUCGUGGUUUCAGAUGA